CAACAACAAAUUGUUUUUAAACGUUUUCUUAUUAAUAUACUUGUUUAAACAACGGUAUAGCCUCGGGCUACAACAGACAUUAGAGGUGAAAGGGUUCUUAGCUAGCUGACUGUAACCAAAACCUCCCACUUGUUCUUCCUGCUUCUUCUUUUUCCAGACCAGACAGCGUUGCUGCAGACUUUCUUCACACAACAGCAGUCAAAAUGGCCUCUGGAAUAGCGGUCCACGAUGAUGUCGUUCUCACAUUUGACAAGAUCAGAGUUCGCCUCCAGGGGGCGGACAAACAGGAGCAGCUGAAGCUGGUGCUCUUCAAGAUCAGCGAUGACGGGAAAUGUAUCGUUGUGGACGAGGACAAGUGCCUGAAGGUCAAGGACCUGAACGGGGAGGAGGACGUAUUCAGGAAGAUCGUCAACAUGAUGCCAACGGAGGACUGCCGUUAUGCCCUGUACGACUGUUCCUGGGAGAGCAAGGACAGCCCCAAGGAGGACCUGGUCUUCAUCAUGUGGGCUCCAGAACACUCAACUAUCAAAAAGAAAAUGAAAUACGCCAGCUCAAAGCAAUACAUUAAAGCAAAGUUCCAAGGUCUGAAGUUCGAGUGGCAGGUGAACGACAUGUCAGACGCCAAAGACAGCUCCGUCUUCAUCGAUAAACUGGGAGGCAGAGGAGUCGUUAAAAGACUGGAGGGGAAAGAGGUCUAAGCACCUCCUGACGCCGCCGUACAACACUGAAUCAAAACCAGACCUGGGUUCAAAUACUAUUUGAAAAUCCUUCAGAUACUUUCAGCGUUUGCUUAAGGCUGCCAGGUGGGCUUUAAAAAAAUAAUAAUAACGUUUGGGACUUUUCUAUUACUUCCGUUGCAACAAGUUCAAUCAAGUAUUUGAGUUUGAAUAGUGUUUGAACACAGGUCUGGUCAAAACACCAAUGCAAAAGCAGCCCACUUCCUGUGUGUCCAAUUGAACUGUCCAUCACAGAGUAUUGUAAUUGAUUUGGUCUUUUUUUUUUUUACUCCCUUGUUCAAUAGCAGAUUGGUAAUAAAAUAGCUACUCAUCUAGUUGAUAAAUGCCAUAUUUUUCCCAGACGUAACUGCUUCAUGAUUUAUACAAAUGAACAUUAAUUUUCUUGUAGCUUGGGAUCUUAGUAUCAUCCUUGAAUGGAAUUGUUGUGUUUGUUGGUAUCCUGCGUCUAUUGACUCUGUUCCAGACAAAUCAUCUGAUGUGAUUCAAAUCAUAUUAUUCAUCUACCUUCCAUGUUUGCUGAUGUUUUGUUGAAAAUUUGAAAGUUUCACUAAAUAUAUUGUUAAAAGGAAGAUACCUCUGCCGAAUGUUGAUGACAGAAGCUCCACCACUUCAUAAUAAAGAGAAAGUGAAUUUCCUGUA